AUGCAAUAGUCGAUGCUAGAUGGAGAGGAGGAAGAUUAACUUGUGUCCCUGUUUACAGACACAGACUAUUAAGAAAUCAAGUUUGAAUAUAAGGAGAUAAAGCAGACAAUAUUUGCAUUGAAGACAUCAUCAACUGACUAUGAUUUGACAGGCUAAAUAAUUUGGAAGGCUGCAGAUAUUUUAUCUAAAUACAUCAUUGAUACCUUAGGACCAGAAGUGUUCGCCCCUAUAAAGCCAAAUAUUUUAGAACUAGGAUCAGGCCCAGGUCUUUGUGGAUUGAUAUCUCAGCAUUAUGCAUCUCAGGUAGUGUUUUCUGAUUACUAAGAUUUAGUAAUGGACUUGAUUAAGACAAAUAUCAGAGAUAGUGAACCAUCAAAUAAGGAAUGCCAAAAGUUAGCAGUGAAAUUGGAUUGGUGUAAAUCCAGUGAAGACAGUUAUUUCGAUGAAUGUGAGGUCUACGAUGGGAGUGGCGAGACCAAGAUGAAGCUAAGUAAUACUCAGUUCUAGUUCGUGAUUGGUUCAGAUAUUGUAUACUGGAAUAACUCAAUCAAACCCCUAAUGAAUGUUCUUGAUUUUAAAGAGUACAAUUUUGUUGUCGAAGAGAUAGGAUAGGAGCUGUCAAAGCCAAUUGAAAUCAAUUCAUUUAUCUACAAAGUAACAAGGAUUGCAUAAACAUCUACAGAUUAGGAAUAGUUGUAGUAAUGA